AUGUCUGCCAGGUACGAGUGGGACGGCGAUGAAGCAAGCGGCAAGCCGGUGGAGGUUUUGGUUUUCAUGCUCCUGAGGGAAAAGAGCAGACCUAGGAGAGGAAGACCCGCUGCCGCAGCUUUCCCUCUCCUGGCGGAGCAAGAUCUAUUAAUCCUUCAGAGGCGCUAUCAGUUGGAGGAGUGGAGUCUCCUCCUUUAUGAAAAUUCCUACAGGCUGACUGGUCCUGUGUCAUGGGCCAUGCCUCACUGCCCUGAAAUGCUUCGGGCCAAGUACGAGGACAGCUUCGCGGAAUCUCGCGAUGGCCAGCUCUUUGAGCAGAUCAAAGCAGAGAUGUGCGACACCUUUGUCUCAUAUCUUUGCGCGUCACUGCCCACGUCUUUGCUGAAGAAGUACUCCGCAACCGAACUUGUUGGGUGCCUCCAGAUCUUGCUGCAGGAGCUCCGAAGCAUCCUCAGUGAGAAGGAGCUUGAGGAUCUUCUGGAAGAGGAGCCCACCAGUGUGGCAGAGGAGUUGCGGAAAGGCUCUCCGCUGGGCUGGCUGGCUUACCUGCAAAGCAUCAGCCCGCAGACAUUGUGCUCUCGCUUUGACGUGUCAGAGUUGGUGGACACCCUGCAGGCUCUAUGCCAGACGGCAUUCGACCGUCUAGUGGACGAGCUGGGGCCCAUGCAGAGGUGGGUGUCCGAGAACAGCCGCCUCUAUGUGGCCCCAUCACCUGCCCCGCCACCAGCCCCUGCGGACGCCACUUCCGAGCCGCCGAUGACGGCAUCUGGUCAGGCCAUGCAAUCAACGAGACUCUGUGAUCGCCGAGUCCAACUUUGCGCAACCGCUUCGGCAAGCAGGGCAUCGGCCACACAAGCUGAGACCUGGAGUGCCGAGCUUCACGAUGCACCGUGGCAGGCACCUCCGCAUUCGCCCGCGCCUGCAGCCAACGACAUGCUGUCAACGGCGCCCGUUGGCAGGCCCCCUCCGAGCAGAUCUGGGCCAGCACCGGUCUUCAAUGCAACCUUGGGCCCUGCCCCCUGGGAGAUGAACCUUGGAGGGGCUGCACCUGCCACCGCGGCUCCACGCAUGGCGACCGGUUCGCGCCUUGCUACUGGUGGUCGACCGGCCACGCAAGUGAGCUCCGCAAAAGCGCUGCUGUCCCGCUGA